CUCGGGUGAUGAGUUUCUUCUCAUAGUCUAAUCGCGAUUUACACGCUGUCAUGCAUCCACGUGUCGAUCCAUGGGAACAAACAAGCUUCCCUUCUCUUUGCUCAGAAGAACCAAUUUGACGCCAGAACGAGCCUCGCAUCGUGGGUCCAGAGGGCUAUUGGAGGCAUUCCCAUUAACCAUGCUGGGGUUUGGUGGUCGGAGAGGCGGCGACCGAACAUAAAUUACGACCUGUAACCGUCGCCAAGGGUCCGACCGCGCACGGAGGUUGGCUGAGCCUCUUUGACAGAUAACCCGGCCGGGGGAGAGAGGGGCGUUCCCCAGCGAAGUGUCAAACUAACCCCUGCGUCAAGCCGCAGCGGGUGCACAGAACGUGACCGGAAGCUGCGCUGUGGCGCGCUUCAAAAUAAAAGCACAUAAACGUUGCUCCGAAUGAAGCAAAACAAUGGAAUUGUACUCGAUUUAGACAAAAAGUGCCCAUUGUUUAGCUUUGUUUCCCUGAUUCAAAAUCGCUCCCAGUGUGCGUUCUUGUGUGUGUUCUAUAGCAAGGGUGGUUAUGUAACGUCACGACUGCUACGACAGCGAAGCUUUUAUUGUUUAAAAAAAAAAAAGGACAAGGCGGAAGUGGUUCCCGGUUGCUCCGCCGCACUUGAACCUGUCUGUCCGACGUGCCCUGCCCCGGGUUUGCAGUUGAGUGCGCCAGGUCAGUACGGGUCUGCGUUAUAUAACUUUUUCUAUGUCCUCACGGGGUUUUAAAAUGGCGCAACGGCAGAAUAGCGCGCCGCAGGUCUGGCGCUUCGCUGUGGAUUUGUCCUGAGAUGACGGAGAAGUGACCGAUCGAUCAUUCCACCAUAACUCCCUCCUCCUCCUCCUCCUCCACCGCCUCCACCGGCGACGUGUGUGUGAAAAGUUAUCGACAGAUCGGCGAGGCGCGCGGUCCCACACGAUCGAUCGCGAACUCCCGCGAGCUCCGCGACUCUUUUUUUUUUUUUUAGUUUGAGAGCAGUUUGGUGCGACGGACGUUUUUCCUGCAGCGCGCACGGAGAGAGAGAGAGAGAGAGAGGUAGAGGGAGAGAGAGAGAGAGAGAGAGAGAGAGAGAGAGGGGGCAGACCAACGGCGGAUCCGUUUGACAGUUCACCGCGCGACAUCGCUGCGAGGACGGGCUUCGAUCGGAGGGCUUGACCGGGUGGACAUUGGCCUUAUUCCUCCGGUUAUAAGCAUUUUUUAUAUUCCCCCCCCACCACCACCACCAACAACUCGGACUUAACGGGAGAUGACCUGACUGCUGGAGCGCAUUCCCUCCCCCCCCACCCCCACUACAGAAUAAAGAAAUGGAUCAGGGAGGACUGAAGCGCAACGGUAAUCGAGACGACAGCCUGACAUUUGGGGAGACAGGACUGGGAGUCGGCGGCGAUACAGGUGACACAGCUGGUCCACUGCUCCAGCCUGCAAUGCACCUGCCCGGCGAUGGGUCUCUGCCACAGCUCCCAGUGGCCCCAAAUGGACGGCCCGGAACCAAAGACCAGGGGGAGUUUGGACGCCUUUUUGAUUCCCCCAAUGUGCAGUGUGAGGGGCCGGACGCGGAGGAGGGUAAGGUCAUCAGAAAGCAGAAACGGCAACACGAAGAUAUUGGUAUGUUCAACAUGGGGGACAAUUUCCCGCUGCUGAACCAGAGUAAUUCCGACCUCGACCGGACGGCCACCUCUGUCAUCAGCACCUCAGACUCCUCCGUCCUGGGCAACCUCCCUCUGCCCAACCUUUUCCCCCAGCACGUCAAGCAGGAGGUACAUUUUGUUCUGGAGAAGGACUUGGGAACUUACAGUGGACAUGCAGGCGGCGGUUCGUGUGACGUGGAUGGCAACAGCAGUCGCAUGAUUGAGGAUACUGAGAUUUGGCAAGAGCUGGACCUUUCGACUUCAUUGCCAGAAAUCAGUGAUUUUGAGUUGGAUUCAGAAGUGUCACACUUGGAUAACAUCCUAUACGACAGCGGCGGCGGCGGUGUCGGUCCUGACGUCAGCUUGCUAAAGGAAACAAAGGUUCUGGCGGGUAACGGUACCAGUGUGAAUGGCACAGACCAGCAGCAGCCCAUACACCAUCAUCAACACCAGCAGCAGCAGCAGCAGCAGCAGCAGCAGCAGCAGCAGCAGCAGCAGCAGCAGCAGCACCGCCACUUACUACAGCACCAGCAACAGCAGCUUCACCAUCCACAUCGGGAGCCUCCGUCGCUCCUCUCCAGCGUCAUGAUCAAGGUAGAGAAAGACCAGGACGACUCUUUCCUCCACAUCCGCACUCCCGGCGUGGUCAAACAGGAAAAGCAGGAAGGCGCUCCGUUCUGCCAGUCGCAGUGUCUCCAGAGCAGCAUGAGCUCUCUGCACGGAGGAGGCCCGAUGCCCUCGCCCAUGGGCGUCGGUGCGGGGCCUGGCUACCACUUCAAAGCCAGCCCGUCCUCCACGGUGGGCCUACAAGACCAGAAGCCCUUUGGCAUGUUCUCAAAUGUGCCUCCAGUGGGCGAGAGCUGGGCCAGAGGGAACAGGUACGGAGAGCCAUCCGGGCUACAGAGGGGCAGUGAUGGGCUCCCCCCGGCCGCAGCCUUGUCGCCUUUCGCCAUCAGCUUCCACAGCACAUCGCCCAGACCUGGGGAGAACAGCGGCUCCGCAGUGCCGGGCCAAUCCAAGCCCAGUGGGCAGACCCAUAAGAUCUGUCUGGUGUGUUCAGACGAGGCCUCGGGAUGCCACUACGGGGUCGUAACCUGUGGCAGCUGCAAGGUGUUCUUCAAGAGGGCCGUCGAAGGAUGGAGAGCACGACAAAACACAGAUGGCCAACACAACUACCUCUGUGCAGGGAGGAAUGACUGCAUCAUAGAUAAGAUCCGCAGGAAGAACUGUCCAGCCUGCCGCUUCAGGAAAUGUCUUCAAGCCGGAAUGAACUUGGAAGCGAGGAAAAACAAGAAGCUGAUCAAGAUGAAAGUGCACCAGCCCCCCGGGUCAUCGGAGCCCACCAGCAACAUGCCGGUCCCAGUCAUCCCCAGGAUGCCCCAGCUUGUGCCGACCAUGCUGUCUGUGCUCAAGGCCAUCGAGCCAGAGGUCAUCUACUCGGGUUACGACAGCAGCCUGCCCGACACCUCCUCUCGGCUCAUGACCACUCUCAACAGGCUGGGGGGGCAGCAGGUCAUCUCUGCGGUCAAGUGGGCCAAGUCGCUGCCAGGUUUCCGCAACCUGCACCUGGACGACCAAAUGACUUUGCUGCAGUGCUCCUGGCUCUUUCUGAUGUCCUUCAGUCUGGGUUGGAGGUCGUACGAGCAGUGCAACGGCAGCAUGCUCUGCUUCGCCCCCGAUCUCGUCAUCAACAAUGAGCGCAUGAAGCUGCCCUUCAUGACCGACCAGUGUGAGCAAAUGCUGAAGAUCUGCAACGAGUUUGUCCGACUGCAAGUGUCCUACGACGAGUACCUGUGUAUGAAGGUCCUCUUACUGCUCAGUACAGUACCGAAAGACGGCCUGAAGAGCCAGGCGGUGUUCGACGAGAUCCGGAUGACGUACAUCAAGGAGCUGGGAAAAGCCAUCGUCAAGAGAGAGGAGAACGCCAGUCAGAACUGGCAGCGAUUCUACCAGCUAACUAAGCUGCUGGACUCCAUGCAGGAGAUGGUCGAGGGCCUUCUCCAGAUCUGCUUCUACACCUUUGUGAAUAAAACCCUCAGCGUGGAAUUCCCGGAGAUGCUCGCCGAGAUCAUCACCAACCAGUUACCAAAAUUCAAAGAUGGGAGCGUCAAGCCUCUGCUCUUUCACCAGAAGUGACUGCCUUAAAACUGUGAAGCCAUGACUCAAAUCCUCCUCCAAGAGCACAAGACCUGUAGCCUCGCGCCUCCGAAAUCCGGUCUCACGUUUGGCCCGACCGCAGCCGGGGGUCCUCGUGCCGACCCGACUGUCGCUCCUCUCCCACUUGGCUGACCGAGAAGAAACGCUGCCUGCGGGGGAAUUGUCGCGGCUCCGAAUGUCUCGUGGGCAAGACCAUCCCCUCCUCCGCCGUCUUUCCUGCCUCCCAUUGUUUUAUUGCUCCCCCCCCCCCCACCGACAGGCCAACUCUUGGAAACCACAGUUGUCCCCCUUCAACGUCACACCUAGCAAAUUGUUCCGACUACCUGGAUGAGCGAGCGGUUGCAGCCCCCGAGUUUAAGUUCCUCUGCCCACAGUCCCAGCUCCACUGUGCAGAGAAUGUAGUAUAGUGUUGACUUGUUGUGGUUUUUCCGCGGAAAACUGCUGGCGGUGAAGGGGACAAACAUUUAGGGGGGGGAAAAAAAUUAUAAGCAUACUCAACAAUCUUCUUUCUUUUUUUUUUUCCCCCUUCUGGACCCAAGGACAGUGAGGACAAACUGUUUUUCAGCUGCUCACCUGACCAAUGGACAAGAAAUAUAAAAGCAGCCAUAGGAAUACUCUCCUUUUCUUUUCUUUUUUUUUUGGUCAUUUUUCAAAUGCAGCCGAGCAUUUUUUUUAAAUUUACAAACACACACACACACACACACACACACAAGGAAUACGCAGACAUGCAUUCACGCAGCAAAAUGUUUACACAGGAUGUAUCCGAGAAGGGAAAACCAGUGCCUUUUAGCUUUUGAAAGCUCUUCAUAGCCAUUCUCUCUAAACCGUUGUUGUUCCUUUGCAAAAGAAUGUAACCUUGACAUCCUUCCACAUAUUUUUCUUUUUUUUUUUCAUGCUGGCAAUUUCUGUUUUCUUUUUCGGAAUUGCCAUUUCAGUGUUUUUAAAUGUGGGCAGCUCCUAUCUGUUCUGAUCCGCAAACUCACGCACACACGGAACACACACACACACACACAGGCAGGAUGAAAUUCAGAUUUGGAAACGUGUUAAGCGGUAUGACAUGUUGAGAUUUUAAUUUUUUACAUGUUAAAAUGUUCCCAAAAAACAUACAGGAGAUGUAUCACAAGACUCAAAUAUGUCUUUUUUGAAAUAUACUGCAUCUCCCUAUCAGGGGUCAGACUGUGCUAAGCAUUAUAGUACCCAGAUUAUAUCAACAAAUGUAAUGUCUAAUACACAUAAAUAAUAACUAAAUUAUAAAAUAUACUUUUUCUUAAAAAAAAAAAAAAAAAGAAGCUUUGUGCUAAAUGGAUACUACUGGAAUUUAAACAAGACCUAUCUGCUGUUUUGUCAUAUUCAGGAACAGACUGACUGACUUAAAUACUAUAUCUUUAUACAAAUUAAUAAAUGAAAAGGAAAAUAAAUAAAUAUAAAUAUCAGACAGACGUCAAUUGGAAUGACACUUUUUCCACAAACAUUUGCAAUUUAUUCAGAUGCAUUGGCUUGAAUUUAUUUUUUGAAAGAACAAAACUGCAUUUUGAGAAAACUGAUGUUGAUAAGUAGCCAUGAGUCAAAUACCGUCCUAUCGUUGCCAGCUUCUUUUCACACAGGCUAUACUUUUUUUAUAACAUCAUUUUGAAAUAUGCUCUCACUGCCAUCCCAGAUAAUUGCGGUGAUAAGUCUAACAAGUUUGUAAAUUGAUUCCCUGGAAAUGAUGAACUUCAGCAUGUUGUGCUCUCGAUAGGUACAUUUUAAAAAAAGGCAUUGCGGUGCCGCGUUUAUCUCAAGAUACCAUUUUAGAUUGAAUACACCCUUUAACCAGCUUCAUCUCAGUGUUUUUGAACAAACAGGAAUUUGUUGUGUUGAGCUCAAUGUGACCCGAGCCUCUGUUCUCCAGAUUCACCUUCAAAGGUUUAAAUGUUAUAUAUUAAAUAUUUGCAAGAAGAUGGAAGUCUGCUCCAAAUAAUCUGUGAAUCAAAGCUCAGGCCACGAGUGACUCUACACCACCAGGAUGAUUUUCCACUAGUGCCAAAUGUAAAGUUUGUGAUUUUUUUUCUUCUUCUUUUUUCUUGGGACAUGUGAAAGAGUGAUUAUUGAAUUGUGAUUUGACGAUACGUGGUCCUCGUAACUUCUCUCAGUGUCACACCUACACCAGCGUAUAAAGUACUGAUUGUUCUCAUUCAAAUAAGUGUAUGAUAGUCUUUAUCUGCAGAUGCACAAAGAUGUUGUAUUUUUAAACAAUUUCAAAAAUAAGCAGGACUUUCUGCUGCUGUCAAGACGGGCGGUGAUCUGCAUUUGGUACAGUUGUAAUGUGAAAAUAUGAUUGUACCUGCUCAUGCGACAGCCAAAGUGAAAUAAAUACAACAUCCCCUCAACCCCCCACCCCAAUAAUAGACGCAGUUCUAUUUCCCUUAAGGUUUCUUCUAACUGCCAGGCCUCUCUGCCUCACACACGUCGACCACAUCGAUCCUUUUUCUCUUUCUUUUCUUUUAGCUGCUUCUGACUGGUGCUCGUCCUUCUGCAGCGCAUAAGUCUGAAUGGCAGUUAACAGAACAGGUAGCAGGUUGUCAUAGAGACCGGCCAUUGGCGUGUUACCCACGGCUAACAGCACAGCGGGCUCAGGACACACACACACACACACACACACACGCACACACGCGUAGAAGCCACUUUUCAUUAAAGAAAGCCAUCGUGUUUUUAAUCAGCCGCUCAGCCAAUGGAUGGUCGGUCGGCAGCAGCAGGGAUGUUUUGUGUACAGUAGUAGACCUUCAGCUUCGCCUGCUAACUUGGCCCCGUGGCCUUAAGGCUUUAAAAGAACACGGGUUCGAUGCUGCCCCGCGCCUUUGUCAAGAUUAUUCUGGGGAAGAUUCGACUAAACCGUCUUACUUUGUGGGGGUAACUUUGCAUUCAGUAUUGCAGCCGUUUUUUCCAAGUGGUGGCGCGUCAGAGAACCAGCUUUAACGCGUCGAUGUGACCAUAUUCCCCUUGCCCACUUCUGAAUGGCCAUAGGUGUGUAUAUAGCAGCAAAAGACAUAUCCAGUGCAGCGUAAAGCGUCUACUAUGACAAAAAUAUUUUUACAAAGACAUAACCUCUAUAUUCCUACACGUUUCCUCUUUUGCCUUUCAGCUUCACGUGCGACUAAAGGCCUUUUGCGAAAGGGAGACAGCGAGCCAUAGAAAUACGAUUUCAAAUCAGGAAAUGGAUAAGCCCUUAACAAAUAUCAAUGUUUGUGGAGAUUGAUCUGUUGUAAAAAAAAAAGAAAAGAAAAGAAAACUCAAAAAAAACCAUAUAUAUAUAUAUAUGUCAAUAUUUUCUGCAAUUUUGAAUACAUCCGCUUGAUCCUCUUUGAUAUAAUAGUUUUACUUCAAAUCCUUUUUGUACAUUGAACGAGACAAAGUAAAUAUUUUUCCGUUUGUUGGUUUGUGUUUGAUAAAAAAAAAAAGGUAGAUGUGCUGAAAAUACAUUAGGAAGUGUUAAACAUUUUGUCUUGUGAAGUAACUGUAAAUUUUACGAGUCAAUGGGAAAGUCUACACGAAUUCUCACUGUGUUUUAAAGUUCUACGGAAACGGGGAUAGAAGAGGAGGGGAUGGAGGGAGGUAGGUGGCCUGGGGAAGGUUUUUUGUGUUAUAGAGUGACCAAAGCAGAAGAUUAAAAUAUAUAUAUAUAUAUAUAAAUAAAGAUUUAACCUACAAAAAGAAGUAUUCAAGUAGUUACAUUUUAAGUAGCACUUAUUAUCCAACUUGUAGUACUUCUUGUUUUAUUCGAAAGUUAUCUUUUGUAAAGUUCAAGGCUUUGGAUCUCAUGUACAUUGCUGAGGAUUGACUGGUCACUUUAAAAAAAAAAAAAACAGGAAAAAAUAAAAAUAAAAACGUCGAAUCUCCGUGUGAAAGUAAA